CGCGAUGAGGUACUCGCAGCCGCAGUUCACCAAUCCGUGGGUGUCGUCGCCGGCUUCGAACCACGGCCCGAUGUACGCGACUGCGCUGCCUGCUACAUCAGUUGGGCAUGAUGUCAAGCACUACCCGGCGCACGCACCAAACGUAUCAACUGCGUACACUGCGAGCGCCAUGCCCGCGCCGUCUCUGGCAACAGGUAUGCUACCUUUGGAUCCGGACCUCAUGGAUCAGUCGGGCUUACACAUGGCGCAAGAUCUCCGGCCAUAUGGUAUUUCUUAUACCAAUGCUCCAGUCAGUGGCAGCACGUAUGCACCAACCUCAGCACCUCAGUAUGCGACCUCAUACGGCUAUGCUGCCGACCGACGCUCCUCGCAUCCGUCAGUAGCCUCCACCAUCUUCAUGGGCGGCCCAGUCGAGGCGCAAAGGCACCGUACCAGUUCCCUUAUUGACUUCAAUGACAGACUCAACCACGCGUCAGAGGCCGAGCGUCAAAGUUUCAGCGAUGCUCUUGACGCGAGCCGUGGUAUGGUUGCUAUGAGCCAGUCGGAUGAAACACCGCGCAACAUCUUCGGCAAUGCUGGCUCCAGCCGCAGCUCGAUUGAUUCGUAUGGCUUCCCUUCGUCUCACUCAGCGCACUCGUCGAUCUCGUCUGCCAGCACAUACGGCUCGUACUACCCAAGCUCGGUCAGCGAGGCAUCCGUUGGCGACUACAGCUCUGCAAAUGAGUCGGUCGAUAUGCCCAGCUCGAGAACACUUCCUCGGCCGAAUGCUCUUAUUAAUGGCACCUUGCCACCUGCGCCACAGUCGAUGAUGGGCCAGUUCAGCUCAAAGGUCUCCUCGAGCUCGCAGAAGAAGCACAAGUGCAAGAUCUGCGACAAGCGAUUCACACGCCCGAGCUCACUACAGACGCACAUGUACAGCCAUACUGGCGAGAAGCCAUUCGCGUGCGAGGUUGAGGGUUGUGGACGUCACUUCUCCGUUGUAUCCAACCUCAGGAGGCAUCGCAAGGUGCACCGAGGUGAAGGCCACGAUCAUCCUUCUCCGGACGAUGACGAGUAAACAGAUCGCCUAUGAUCUGCAAUCACUUGAUUUCCAACAUGCAUCUGAUCAUUAAGCGGGUCUAUUACGGACACGUUCAUGGCGCUUUAUGGUUUUUCUCUUCGACACUCAGUCGCUACUUCAAUUGAUACCCCAGAAUUAGCAGGACUCUUGGACGGACUAGGAUUGGGAUGGUUUGCACGGUGUUACGGCGCAGACAGAGGGUCACUGUCCACUGACGGCGCAACUGGUAGCUGGUGGGGACAUGUACGAUAACGCCUAUGACCAAGUGCGCAGCACCGUCAAAAGUUGGACGAACUCCCCCUUGACGGUGUCACCAGGGUAGAAGAGCUGAGACGGCCAUUUGCUCUGUAUACUAUUGCGCUAUGCAGCUAUGAAAACCUCAUCAAUCAUGGCUUUGACUUG